GCUGACGGACAGACGCGGCGGAGUUCACGAAAAGUAUAUAUGGAUUUAUGGAUUCAGGAUUCAGUGGACCUUCGUGUCAAAUGUAUGUCAUUUUAUCAGUGACAUAAAUUUAUCCUUAAGUACAGUUAUGAAACAAAAAUAUAGUUUAUUUUUACAUACAAACACACUGGAGGCCAGGCUUAGUUACUUCUGACCGUGAAAUCUGGCUGUGCCCACUUCUUUAAACACACAUGUGUGUCAAAAGUUCAUAAAUUGAAGUGAAAUAUUUAUAAUUGGUCUGCUGCUUUGGAUAUAGAAUGACGAUUCAUAAUUUGUAUGUUUUCUCAAAAAAUGGCACUCUUUUGUUUUAUGAGGAAUGGAAUAGGCUGAACAAAUCCGGUAUGACCAAGGAAGAGGAAGCAAAAUUAAUGUAUGGUAUGUUAUUUUCCAUCAAGUCAUUUGUCAGUAAAAUUUCUCCGCUUGAUUCCAAAGAGGGUUUUCUGUCUUAUAAAACAAGCAAAUAUACACUUCACUACUUUGAAACUUCAUCAGGGCUGAAAUUUGUUUUAAACACUGAUAAUGUGGCUCAAAAUGUUAGAGAAUUGUUACAAAGAUUGUACAGUCAAGUGUACAUCGAGUAUGUUGUGAAAAAUCCGCUUUGUCAACCAAAUGAACCGAUCCAGAGUGAAUUGUUUAAAAUAAAGGUAGAUGAACUCAUGAAAAAGUCUCCUUCGUUUUUGUGUAGAUCAUUAUAAUAUAUAUUAGAUUAAUAAAAAAUGCAUUAUUUGUUAUUUUCUUACAUAAACCCUGUACGUGUCAAAAAAAUUAUUUUGUUUUUACAACAUGGCAUAUUUAUAUUUAAUAUAACUUAUUUAAAUAAUUUACAUUAGUAAUAACAUUAAAUCUAUAUGCGAUCUAUAUUUCCAAUGUUUUUUCACUGAUCGUAAGAGUGAAAAAAGACGGCAGUUUAUAUUUCCUUUUAAUCAAUGUAACAAAAUAUUCUGGUGUUGAAUGAUUUUUGUUAACGUCAAACAGUUUUUCACAUUGUUGAUGUGAAAAUUAUCGUUGUUUCUUUUUUUUUUUUUUUUUCAUAUUCACUCAUUGGAGUUUGAACAAGUUAUGCUUUGAUUUUACUCAAGCACUUCAACGUUUAUCAUGUAAUUUAAUACUUCUUUUCAUCCGUAAUUAAAAGCUAUACAUUGUUUUUACUCACAGGGCUGAAGAACUCGUAGUAAUUAUACAAUAUCUCUGGUCAGAAGUCAGAGAAAGUCUCAGUAAAUUUUUUUUGCAUUAUAUUUAAAUCAACUUUUCUAAAAAGAAUAAAAAAGCGUUCAAUCUUAUAAUUAACUUUAUACUGAUAUUAAAAUUCGCCAACGACAUAUUUUUUCGUGUUCAAUAAUUCAUACUCCUGAUCAUCACACAAGUUGUGUUAUUAUAAAAUGCGAAUCUCACUUUGAACUGCGGUAUCAUGUAUUCAUACAAAUAAAUGUACGGCUACUUAUGCACGAGACCACAAACAUUAUAAAGGCUUUAACUAACUAUA